AACAAUAAGACCAAAAAAAAAACAAAAUGAAGAAGAAAAUUUAUGUUGGAAGAUGGAAAAAUUAAUAUUGUUGAUGAUGGAGGAGCUGUUUUGAAUUUUGGAGUGGAGUAUGAAAGGAAAUCAGUGAUUAAUGGCAGUGAAUGAAGAUUCCUCCUCCUAUGGAAGCUUAUACCAUGAUCUCUACCAGCCAGCACUUGUCAUUGCAGGAUGCUUCGUUCUUGUGGCACUGGUCCUCUCCAUAUUUCUUAUCCUCCAGCAUCUCAAAUCAUACACCAAUCCUCCUGAACAAAAAUGGGUUGUUGCUGUUCUUUUCAUGGUACCUGUCUAUGCCAGUGAGUCAAUCUUAUCCUUGACUUUUCCAAAAUUAUCUCUUGCAUGUGACAUUUUAAGGAACUGCUAUGAAGCUUUCGCUCUGUAUUCUUUUGGAAGGUAUUUGAUUGCCUGCUUGGGAGGCGAACAGUGUGUAAUAGAACUACUUGAAGAUGAAUCAAGAAAAAUGCUAAACAAACCUUUACUAGAAGAAGGGGAAGGUAAGAAAAAACACAGUGAAGAAGAACAUGGGACACUUUGGAACUUCUUCUUUCGGCCAUGUAUUCUUGGGAAGGAUUUGCUCACUAUAGAAAAAUUUGGUCUUGUACAAUAUAUGAUUCUGAAGACAUUUUGUGCCUUCUUAGCAUUUUUGUUGGAGAUCUUUGGUGUUUAUGGUGAUGGGGAAUUCAAGUGGCAUUAUGGGUAUCCGUACAUUGCAUUGGUACUGAACUUCAGCCAGAUGUGGGCACUAUAUUGCCUGGUGCAGUUCUAUAAUAUGACUCAUGAAAGACUUCAAGCAAUAAGACCACUCGCAAAAUUUAUAAGCUUCAAGGCAAUCGUGUUUGCUACUUGGUGGCAAGGUGUAGGCAUUGCCUUGUUGCGUGCAUUCAGAGUUCUACCUAAAGAGGGGAAACUACAAACUGGAUUGCAGGAUUUCUUGAUCUGUAUAGAAAUGGCUAUUGCAGCUGUGGCGCAUGUGUAUGUCUUCUCAACCGAGCCAUACCAUUAUCUCCCAGCUUUUGAGUAUGGAAAAGUCACCACUGAAAGAACUAAAACAGAACUGAAGUUAGAUGACGGAGAAACUACCCCAGCCGUGGUUGAAAGAAAAGAAACACAGAUCGAAGCUCCCGGAACAAGUGUCACAGAGAGUGUUCAGGACAUUGUUCUUGAAGGUGGUCAGCGGGUCGUGAAGGAUGUCGUACUGACCAUAAACCAAGCAAUUGGGCCUGUGGAGAAGGGCAUGAUAAAGAUCCAGGAGACCUUCCACCAUAAAUCAGACACAGAGGGCCAUGAAGAUGAUGAGUCAGAAUUAAAAGUUGAACCCGCUGGGCAAGAUCAGAAAAGUGAGGCUGAUGUCUAAGCUUAUAAGGUGGUCAAUUUAUAUGGCAAUGAAAUUAGAGAAAAAAUGCAAUACGAUUUUUUACUUUUAUCCAAUACGAAAUAUAAUUUGCACGUGGUAGGCAAUCUUAAGCAUCAAUAGAUAAUGAGGCAAUGCAAUUAAACCUACAUAAAUACAUUUUUCAGUCUUAUUCUUCC